AUGGAUGAUUUUCGUGGAAGCAAGAACAACCUCCCCGCAUUGUAUCAGCAAGCAUUUCGUACUUCUGAAGUUGCCGUUAAAGAGGAUCAGAGAGGGAACAAAGAGGUGGCAAGGAAUUCUUAUUUGGAAGUGAUAAAAAUUUUUGAAACCAUACUUCGACUGGAAUCGGAUCAGAAGCAAAAAAAUUCUGUCUGGGCAAAAGGCCAAGAGUAUAGUAUUCGGGCACGACAAUUGGAUAACGAACUCAGAUCUAGUGUAAGUCCAUUACCUAGGACUAAUAACAAUGUCACUGCAAGACUACCUUUAUCAUCUUCGGGAUCGGUCUUGAACAGAGCUCAGUCAAUACUUGAUCAGGCUAUUUUUCAGGAAAAUCAAAAAAACGAAGAAGAAGCUUUGAGAUUAUAUGUCAAUGCGGUGGAAUUGUUCAUGGAAGCAAAAAAAGACGCACAAGACGAAUCACUCAAGUCUAAACUUGAUAACAAGAUCAGAGAGUUGCUUGAUCUUGCAGAGGGUUUGAAAGGACUACCAACUAAGCCAAGGCAGACACUGACUGUGCGCUCUGCUAAUCCUGGAAAACCUCCCUCCAUAUUGUCUCCAAAUUUGAAACUCACCACAGAAGAAAUAGAGAUUAUUAAAAAUUCAUCAUAUAUUAAUAACAAGAUCUUUCUACCCUGGUCGGAAAUUGAUCUACAAGAAAAUUUCAAAUAUGAUAAGCCCUUCAUUCAUUUGGAUGAAUCGAAUUGGACGCCCGAAUUAAUGCGCGAACUAGGUUACGAUCGGGAAAAAGCCGCUCUUAAUGACGAUGUGGGUGAUUAUACGAUAGUAGUAUCCACAUAUGAUCCUGAUAUGAUCGGCGAUUUCACGUUAACCGUGGCAUCAAAUAUUACAUUUAAAGUGACUCCCUUACCACCGGAGGGUGCGGGGUUGUUUAAAAGGACGAUUCAAGGAGAAUGGAUCUCGGGGUUGAACGCCAAAGGCGGUGUAAACAAUCCAGAAUACAAAUACAAUCCGAGAUAUCAUCUAACGAUUCAAGAAAUGACCAUGAUAAAAAUUCGACUACAAACACCGAUGAUAAAGCCAACACCGAUGGUUAACGUCAGGAUAUUCGAAAAGCACCCGACUAAAAUGUUGGGUAGGGAGGUUGGGAGUUCCGGAGCUUAUACGAAUUACCCUCAAGGUGUGUUCAUGGAUGAUGUUUCGUUGGCACCCAAUAAAGAGGGUAAUUUUACCUGUUGA